CCUGUUCCUUCCCGGUCCCCAGCCGCACCGCUGCCCGGGGCGGCCCCCGGCGGGGCGGGCGGGACGUGUCGCCCCCGGCCGGGUCCCUCCCGCCCUGUACUUAAAGCGGCGGCGGCGGGCACUGCUCCCGCUCGCGCCCUGACCGUAUCACCCCACAGAACAUGGCCCCGACGUGCCUGCGGCCCCUGCUGAGGUACCGCUCCUUCGCCAUCCUCUUCCUCACGCCGCUGCUGCUGCUGCCGCUGCCGCUCGCUGUGUCCACGCGGGAGGCUAGAUGUGCAUAUAUCAUCAUCAUCAUGGCUGUGUACUGGUGCACUGAAGUGAUCCCCCUGGCUGUCACCUCCCUCAUUCCAGUGGUAUUUUUUCCUCUGCUUGGAGUUCAGACUGCUAAAAAAGUGUGCUUUCAGUACCUAAAUAACACAAACAUGCUCUUCCUUGGAGGGCUGAUUGUCGCAAUUUCUGUUGAGCAGUGGAAUCUUCACAGAAGGAUUGCACUGAGAGUCCUUCUGAUUCUUGGGGUGAAACCUGCACUCCUCAUGCUGGGAUUUAUGGCAGUCACUGCCUUCCUGUCCAUGUGGAUAAGCAACACAGCCACCACUGCCAUGAUGGUUCCCAUUGUCCAGGCUGUUCUGGAUCAAAUGGACAGCACGGAGUAUGAUGUGUCCAUAAUGGAACAAGCAACUGGGCAAACAAAUGCAGUGAUAGAGCUGGAGGAAAAGAGCACAUCAGAGUCCACUGCAGUGCACGUUGUAAGCAAUGAACAAGCCCCUGAUGACCCCAGAUCUUCUGAGGAACAGAAAAUGAAGAAGCGUAUAUGCAAGGGAAUGACACUUUGUGUAUGCUAUGCUGCCAGCAUUGGAGGAACUGCAACACUUACCGGAACAGGACCAAAUGUGGUACUGAAAGGCCAGAUGAAUCAGUUAUACCCCAACAACAACGAUAUUGUGAAUUUUGCUUCCUGGUUUGGAUUUGCAUUCCCAAACAUGAUUGUGAUGUUGGCACUAGCUUGGCUUUGGUUACAGUGCUCCUUCAUAGGACUCAACUUUAAAAAAAACUGGGGCUAUGGGACAGAGAGAACUGCCAAAGAAAAAGCUGCAUACAAUGUGCUGAAGGAAGAAAUGAGAAAGUUAGGCCCUGUCUCUUACGCUGAAUUAAAUGUCUUCCUGUUGUUUUUAUUGCUGGUGCUCUUGUGGUUUACCAGAAACCCAGGCUUUGUAAAAGGCUGGGCUGCCAGGCUCUUCUCAGGAGGAGACAAGUAUAUCACUGAUUCUGUUCCUGCUAUGUUUGUUGCCCUGUUACUGUUUGUCCUUCCUGCUCAUAAGCCCAAAUUCAUAGCCUGGAAUCAAAGCAUGUCUGACCCUAAACAGACUGAAGAAGAUAUAAAAAAGCCAUUUUUACCAACCUCGCUGCUAGACUGGGAUGUGGUUCAAAGGAAGAUGCCCUGGAGCAUUGUGCUGCUGCUGGGAGGAGGUUUUGCUUUAGCUGAUGCAAGCGCAAACUCUGGGCUCUCAGCUUGGCUGGGUCGUCAGAUGACUCCCCUGGGAUCUAUCCCACCGUGGGCCAUUGCAACAGUGGUCUCCCUUAUUAUAGCUGUCUUCACUGAAUGCACCAGUAACGUGGCCACAGCUACCCUCUUCCUGCCUGUCUUUUCAUCCUUGGCUACAUCUAUCAAGAUCCACCCUUUGUAUGUUAUGGUGCCUGCUACUCUCAGUGCUUCCUUUGCCUUCAUGCUACCUGUUGCAACACCACCAAAUGCAAUAGUGUUUUCUUAUGGCCACCUCCGUGUUUUGGAUAUGGUUAGAACUGGAAUAGUGAUGAACAUCAUUGGAGUCUGCUGUAUCACCCUCGCCAUCAACACAUGGGGAAGACCUGUAUUUGGGCUGGACACAUUCCCAGCCUGGGCAAACAGCACAGCAAACCAGUGAGCUGUGAAGAACUCUCGUGUUAAACAAGGAAAGUACCCUUAGUAGUCCCUAUUGCCUAAAGUCCUGUAUAGAAUCUCAUCACCAUUUCAGAUCCAGUGCUGGGUGUUUGCUGCCUUCCAGCAGUCACCAGGUUUGAACCAACCCAAUCUUACUCCACUUGUGAUGGAGCCAAAAGUGUUUGCAACUAUACAACCUUAUGUGUUGGGAUCAUAAGUAUGAUCAAGUGAUCCAUUGUACCUCCAAUCAAGGUCAAGAAUUAGGAUUUAUCAGACUUUCAAUAGAGAAAGGGGAGGCUAUUUUAUCAAGUGGUUUGAGCUAUUAUAUCACUGGUAUGUACUUGUAAAUCAUUAACAUUGAACAUUACAUUCAGGCAAGGGCUGAACAUUCCUUACAUCCUUGUAUCCUGAGCAUUCCUUGUAUCUACAAGUCAGCAACUGUACAGAGAAAUCUCUGUUGUCACUUGUCCAGUGAAGAAGGGGGUACAUGAUGUUAUGUUUUAGUUGGUCCUCAGCCGUGUGGUGGGAUUCUUCCAAGUUAAUAUCCAACACACUUUCUCUCGCCUUUUUUCACUUCCAAGUCUCAGUGCAUUUAGACACCUUUACUGAGGGUUGAGAUAACAUAAUUCCAUGCUGGUCAUGAUUCAGCUGAUUCUCGGACAAUGAUGCACUAAGGUUGGCUCUGUGUUUCUUGUGGCAAUUAGAGGCAAGGGAGCCUUUCCCUCAGUCACAGGUGUGAUUUCACAUGCCAUCCAGUGUUUCUAGUGGUAGCCUGGAGAUGACCAGUGGCCCAUAGAACUUCACAUCUAUUGCAGAAGUUCCUGAAUUAGUCCCUGAUGUGCCUUAAUUAAUAACUGCAAUUUUUGAGUGAAGCCAAGACAUGAGAAAGGCUCUAAUUAAUGCCCUGGGAAAAACUGAUGGACCCAGAUUCUAGUCUUGUGUGUGUGCUGGCUGACAGCAGUGGGAGUUAUCUGGUGUACUUUGGAAUUUUUGGCUGGUGAGAAAAGCAGUUUUUAACCUAUAUAUGCCAUUUCUGUUGCAGUAGUAGUCUACAGAAUUAUUGGUGUUGGGCUGGAUGCAUUUUGACAUUUCCUUCAGCCCUGGGGGAUGGUGGUGGGGGGAGGUAAAGCAAUGUCUUGCAGUGGAAAGAUCUGUGGGUAUGACCUGGGAUUUGCUCCUAGACAUCCCCAUGCCAGUCAAUUCACCUCUUUUUUGCCUAUUUCCCCUCCUAAAGAAGAUGUUAUGGAACCUAUCUACCUCACCAAGGUGUUGUGAGGACAUAAGGGUCAAAUUCUGCAGCCAUAGUGAUUCCCACCAUGAUAACAGGUGCAAGGUCUUAAGUUAUAGAACCACAGAAUUCUGUCUAGAAGAUCCGGCAUAUAGCAUAGUACUGUGUGUAGGAUAUUUCGUAGUUCUUUUAUUAAUGUGAGUUUUCUUUAUGGAACUGGAAAAAUACAUUUUUAUCUAGAAGUGAGGGAAAUAUUUAUCCAUAAAAUUAACAGGUGCUUUUUUGAGCAGAAAACUGCUUUAAGAAUUGAUUUCUGUGCCUUUAUCUUUUGUGUUCUUUCACAGUGCUAAGCACUAUAAACUGUCUGAUGAAUGUUGUUCCUGAGUGCCACCAAUGGCUUCCUGUUUUCCCAGCUGGCUGCAUGUGGUGCAAGCUCACACUUCUUCCAGGGAAUGGUGGAGCAUGUGGAUAAACACACUUCCACUUGCAGAGUCCAUCUAAGGAAGAGGCCAGUUCUAGUGCCAAGAAUUGGCUUGCUCACAGAUAUUUGUCACCACCUGAAACUUAACAGAGUAUUUUUUUGAAGAAAGUGAACAGUUGAGCACCUUCUGUCCUUUGGCAGUCACCACUUAAUGCUGAUUUGCAUCUCUAGGUAUCUAAAUGCAUUUGAGAAAGGGACUUUCUCUGCUUUUUGAUGGACUUCACAGUGUGAGAACAUGUUAUUUUUGCUAGAUACAUGGUGCUUGCUUUGUCUGCCAAGUAGGAUACAGGGGAGCUUGCAUGGGUAGAUGAUACUGAACUUGGCUCAGUUCGUGCUGAUCAAAAUUCCUCUAAAACUGGUUCCAACUAAAAGCUGUAGGAUGGACACUUCACUGUCCUGUUUGCAGAAAAUAAUGUUCUGAAAGUUUCUUGAAGGGCAGAAAUUGCCCUCAUAUCAGCUAGUGAAAAACUUCACUCUGUUGCUGGACAAGGAGGAAGCAAAUGCUUUUUUUCAUCAACAGUCACACAGGGUAAUUCGUGGUCAGGAGUGCUGGGCCAGGGGAACUGUGCAUGUGGGGUAAUAAAGAGUGGUUUAUUGUAACUGUGAAGUAUUGGAUGUGUCACCUCUCUAUACUGUUAAUAGCAUUUUCUUUCUGAGACACUGUUAUGACAUCCUGUGAUCGAUUCACAUUUAAUUUAAAUGGGUGGAUUGCAUAAUUGGAGUCUGGCAAAUAAAAACUUUCUUGAACUGUCUCCCCUCCUGUGCAA